AAAAAACAAAAAUUUGUAUUCUACAACAUGGAUCGGAUAAAUAAGUGUAUGGAAGAAUUACAAAUACAACCUCCUGAAAAGUCUAACAAAGAACACGAAAAGUUUAUUGCAGGAAAAAUUGAUAAUGUUAUUGGAACAUUGAACUUAGUACUUAUAAAACCACGUUCUUCUAACACUCUUUUAUGUCUUGGAGCUCCUUUGUUUUUAAAUUUUACAAGUAAUUCGAACAUUAAAUCAGAAUACAUAUUGUUAGGCUAUAUAGAUGAUAUUUUUGGACCAAUUAAAGAACCUAUGUAUUCUGUAACCAUAAAAUGUGAUCCUAUACACAUUUUGAAUGUUAAUACAUUGGUAUAUUAUUUUCCUAAUGAUGAAAAUACAAAACAUAUAUGUGUACAAUAUUCUAAAGAUGAAACUAUUAACAAAGAAAAAUAUUAUGUUAGAAUGUUAAAAUAUUGAAAAAUUAUAAUCUACAUGAUAUAAAAAAUCAUUUUUUUUUAGUUCUUAUCUCAUUGUGCCAUUAUAUGCACUUAAAAUAUUGUUAUUAUUUUGUUUUUAAUUAUGCACAUAAAAUUGUAAGUCAUCUGCUAUGUAAACUAAUGUUUUACAUACAAACUGUAGAUAUAAAAAAAUAAAUUGC